CUAUGACAAAGUGAUUUUCGCUCCAGAAAGGUGGAAUACCAUCAAAAUCCCAAUCCUAAUCCUAACCCCAACCCUAACCCUAACCCCAACCCUAACCCUAACCCACCCUAACCCUAACGGACCUACCCCUAACCAGCGCCAACCUUCUAAGAUCUAGGGAAUUGGGAUCAGCCGAAAUCUAGCAUUCUCUCGGCCGACGAGAAUGACAGAAGUCAGCCCAAUGACAAAGUGUCGGGCGAGCGAGUUUUUAUGCGCAUCCCUGCAAUCAACCUUUGCCACAUGGCCCUAUUUUCGUUAAAGUAAGGCUGCGACGCGUGGGUCGCGUCGUUGUGAGCGAGACGAACACCGUUCACCUCUCGCUCGAGAUCGAACGCUGAAAAAAGGGAGGAUAAAAAAAAAGGGGAGAGGCGGCAUCGUCGUUGGUCUGCAUCGGACUUACAACCUCGACGUGGAGAAUAGCCAAUUUGCCAGACGACGAUGAAUGGCAGCAGUGCGGCCAUGCCGGCAGCAGCGGUCGCAGGAGUAAAUGCUGGCGCUGGCGGUAGCAGCAGCAGCAGCAGCAGCAGCAGCAGCAUCCUUACCAACACCACUGCGGCAGCACCACCACCACCAGCGACUGGCCAACCGCCCACAGUGUACCUGGCCACGUAUUCGUCGGUGCCCGUGUACGAAUUGACGGUGCGCGGCAUUGCAUGCAUGCGCCGCCGUGCCGAUGGCUACCUCAAUGCGACGCAGAUUCUCAAGAUUGCAGGCAUCGAAAAGGCCAAGCGGACAAAGAUCUUGGAAAAGGAGAUCCUGACGGGCGAGCACGAAAAGGUGCAGGGAGGCUACGGGAAAUACCAGGGCACAUGGAUCCCGCUCAAGAGGGCUCAGGAGCUGUCGGCGCGGUACAAUGUUGCCCAUCUGCUCCAGCCCUUGCUCGACUUUGAUCCAGCGACGGCGGCCAACGUGCCUGUGGCGGGACCCAGGAAGCGACCGAACCCCAACGCUCCUUCGGCGAGCAUGUACUACCGCACUGGGCCCGGCGCUGCGCAGCUGGCCGCCGCCAAGGGAGCCGUGGGUACCUCGCCACAUGCGACGCCAGCCUCUGCAUCGCCGCAACCCUCGUCGGGCCCAGGGAGCGCGAGCGCGAGCGCGACGGGGCCUAGCCACCUCCAGCCUCGCUUCCUCACCCUGCGCCCACCGUCGGACCUCGACGCGCCCUCGCCCUUUCCCAACAUUUUCCCACCUGGCUCCACGGCAGAGCAGAGGGACACGCUGAGCGGGUAUGCAUCCUAUGGCUACACCCCCCAGGGCAUGGCUGCCGCUGCUGCUGCUGCCGCUGCUGCCGGCGUACCCAAUGCCACCACCGAGGUCGAGUCUUUUUCGAGAGCAUCAGCGACGACGACGACGACGACGACGACGACGAACAACAACAACAACAACAACAAGAGGGGCCUGGACCAGGUCGACCACACCGAGGACGAAGAGCUGGAGCUGGAGCAGAGACGGGUGGACAAGAGGCAGCGGGCCGAGCAGGCGGCCGCGACGGGACCGUCGCCAGUCAAGGACCUCAAUGCCCUGGGCAGGAGCACGUCGCCCACGUCGGCCCUGCGAGGCGUGCGGCCGCCGACGAAGCUGCACCGCGUGUCGCUGGGCCCACCAGACCACCUGCGCAGCCUGCAGCUGGCCGGCACCCGCUUCGCCGACCGGCCCCAGGUGAUGCGCGAGGGCGACGAGGGCGAAAAGAGAAUGCACAAGCGACUCCAGGCCCUCUUUGUCCAUGUCCACCACCAGGCGGUCGCGCACGACGACAACGCUGCUGCUGCUGCAGACGCCGCCGCCGCCGUCGACGUUGAUGCGACAAUCACGCCCGCCCACCAGCGCGCACUCGAUGAGCUGCUGCUGGAGCUGCGCCACGAUGCGAGCCUCGCUGGUCACCAUGCCCUUUCGGGUGCGUCUGCCGCUGGCAAUGGGCCAACGGCGGCGGCGGCGCCGCUCGCCAAUGGGGCCACCGUCGACAUGGCCGGUCCAGCGCCGUGCAUCGACCUGGUCAUCGACGACCACGGACACUCUGCGCUGCACUGGGCCAGCGCACUGGCCAACCUGGCCCUCGUCAAGACGCUCGUCGCGCGUCCUCCCUCGAGCGGCGGCGCCAGCCCCUUUGCGGGCAACCAUGCCGGCGAGACGCCUCUCCAGCGCUCCGUCCUCGUCAUCAACUCGUACGACAAGAGCACCUUUCCCGUCCUGCUCCAGCUCCUCGCACAGAGCCUGCACACGCGCGACUACCGCCGCCGAACCAUUCUCCACCACAUUGCCCUCGUCUCUGCGCUCCAGGGCCGCGGCAAGGCCGCUCGCUACUAUCUCGCCUGCGUCUUGGAGUACAUCAGCCGCCAUGAGGGCGGCCGCUUUGCCAGUCUCGUCGAUGCCCAGGACCUCGACGGGGAGACGGCGCUCGGCAUCGUGGCCCGGGUGGGCAACGCAAGCAUGGUCAAGAUGCUCCUCGACGUCGGUGCACGCAAGGACAUUGCCAACAACCUGCGCAUCAAGCCCUCCGACUGGGGCAUCGAGGCGCUCGAUGACGACGAUGCUGCGACGGCCGUUGCUGCCGUUGCUGCUGACAAGCGCGACCGGACAAACAGCAGUGCAAACGAGGUCGUGACGAGCCUGACGCAGCCUCCAAGGGCGCCCGUGCAGAAGAGCAAAGACGUGCUCGAGCAAAUGACGACGGUGCUCUCGGACCUCGCCGACGUGUUUCAGAAGGAGCAAAAGGACAAGGACGAGGCCUUUGAGACGGCCCAGAAACACCUGCAGAGUGCCACGAGGGAGCUUGCGACGAGGCGGCGGCGCAUCAACGUGGGCCAGGCCCAGGUCGUGGAGCGCGACGAGGCAAAGAUGAGGCGCGAGAACCUGAGCAGGUGUCUGCGGGCCGAGAUGGGCUACGAGACCGUCGACGAGAGCAGCGGGCAGCAGCAGCAGCAGCAGCAGCAGCAGCAGCAGCAGCAGACCCAAGAGGACGAGACCACACAGGUCCUCAUCGCCCAGUGCUUGGCCUUUGAGACCGAGUCGCAAUCGAAGGAGAAGAAGAAGGCGAGUGGAGAAGACAAGGCAGCAGGCGACAUGAGCGUCGAUGAGGAUUCUCUCGCGCCUGCCGAGCGCUUCAAGGAGGAGGUGCCCUUUGAAGAAGGCUCGCAGGAUGCCCUCGUCAAGCUCCGCUGGCUCAAGCGGUGGUACGAAAGUAGUGUCGAGGAGCUCCAGAGACGCAUCCACGACCUCGAGGGCGCCAGUGCCACGAAGCUCAAGCAGUGUCGCAAGGUCGUCGCAAUGUGCUGCAACGUGUCCGAGGACAAGGUCGAGGGCAUGCUCGACGAGCUCGUCACCGCCAUCGAGUCGAUUGGCAUGGAGGGCGUCGACCUGCCGAGACUGGCCGGAUUCCUCUCCAAGGUCGGCAGGGGCGUGGGCGGCGCUGGAGGCGGCGAGGCCACCCCCUCGUCGACCCAGCGGCAGACACUUCCGACCUUACCGCCGGCGACGGCUCCACCGGCCAAGGCAGCGGUUGCCUAGACAUUCCCCUCAGCAUCUCUCUCUCCUUCUCUCCCUUUCUCUCUUGCUUUUCUUUAAACUGUACUACGUAUGACGUUUCUCUUUCUCCCUUGUCCUCUCUCACGGUGGCUACCUGUCUAUCUAUUCUACUAUUGUAUGUUUCCGCACCUUGACUCUCCCCCUUCCUCACCGUGGAUGUGGUUCGCAAUGGAAGACAACAAAUAUAGGCGAG